AUGUCGAUCGUGCAGCAGCACACCUCCGCCUCGCUCAGCGACGCCUGGCGCACCAUCAACAUUGACGCGCUCGAGGAGGACUCGCCUCUCAACUUCGACACCUCGUCGCUGCACCCGCCGCUGCCCGAGGUCGGCGAGGCCGAGGUGCGCCAGCUCGCGGGCCAGGUCCGGCAGCUGCUGCGCGGCGGCGACGCCGAGGGCGCGCUGCGGGGCUGCCUGGAGAUGCCGGUCUACAACGGGAGCGAUGCCGCCAAGGAGUCCGCGCUGCAGAUGGUGAUCGAGGUCCUGCAGUCGAUCAAGGCGAGCGAGAUGACGCCCAUGCUGCAGCGCAUCUACGGCUCAGAAGGAGGGAGCGAGCAGCUGGACGUGCUCAUGAAGUAUCUGUAG